CGGCUCAAGCGCAGUGCAAAACUUACCUUGUUGAUUUUCGUAUUGAUCGGCGGCCAGAGAUGGCACGCGGCGAAAGCGCUCUGCUGGUGCGCCUGGAUCGGCUGCUGCUGCUGCUGCUCUCUGGAUUGCAGCUGGCGCGGUCGCUGGAGCUGCGAGCGCUGUCCCCGCCCGUGGCGGGGACCUUGGCGCAGGCAGACACCGAGAGAAUGGUGAGCAUGCCGACGACUGCUUAUCUCGGUCUCCUAUAGCAGCGCGAGCUACCUCAGGUGCCUGGGCUCGUGGCAGUCCCAAUGCAGGCAGAAUUGGAAUGGCGACGACAUCGCCAUUGACCUCGUGUGCAACAGCAGCCUGGAUCGUCCACACCUGAAGUCGCACCUCCUGCUGAGAGCGGCGGAUGUGCGUUCCCGGAUGUGGUUGGGGAUGGAGAGGCACUGGCAGAACAACGCCAUGCCUCGCUUGUUCGUGCCCCGAUUCACAGCUGUCGGGUGGAAGAUGGUGAUGCCGCCUGAAGAGUUGCACCAGCGUGUGGCCGAGUGGUACGAGUCGCAGCGGUGGCGCAUGAUCCCAGAAACUUGGCCGAGUACGGAUGAUGUUGGGUGCAAUAACAAUUACGAUAACGACGACUACCUCAUUCCCCACAACGAGGCACCGCCAGUGAUGGCCAUGUCCAGGUGGAUCAAGGAACAGCUGCAGGAGUGGAUGGGCACGGAGGUCGACCCGAGCUUCCGCAUCUUCUACGGGGCACGCCUGCAGCGGCGAGGCGGCACCUGCGGCCUGCACGUCGACAUGGGCCAGACGCACAUCAUGAGCGCGACCUACAACAUCGCCCAGAAGCGGCAGACGAAGCCGUGGCCCCUGGCGUUCGUCGAGCCGGGGGGGCAGGUCUCGAGGGCGGAGCAGCAGCCCGGGCACGUCGUGUUCUACGAGGGCGGCUCGGGCAUGCACGGGCGCCCCGAGCCGCUCGAGGGCGAGGAGUUCGUCAGCAUCUAUUUCCACUUCCGGCCAAAGGACUGGCUGCCGAGGUACCAGCGGGCGCUGCCGAGCGACAGCUCCUUCCGCGAGCUCGUGCGGGUCCAGGCCGACGUCCUCCGCAUCCUGACGGCGGCGCCCGGCGUCGAGGGCCCUCCGCUGCAGGCCGACGCGCGCCGCGCCCUGCUGCUCGAGGCCGACGACGCCGGCGCAGGCGCCGAGCGCAGCGCCUGGGAGGCGGCUGCGCUGCUGGCCCAGGCCGCGGGCCGCACCCUCGUGCUGCCGCCCUCCCCGCGCCUGCUGGGCCUGCUGGACAUCGACAGGCUCAGGGCCGCGGUCCCGGUGCUGACCUCCGACCAGUACCGCGAGGCCACCGGCUCGGGCGCCCCCGCAGCGCUCGCGGCGGCGCCUGCGGCAGGACCUCUGUGCGCAGCGGCCGCUGCUGGCCAGGCGGUCUCCGAGGCCGCGGAGGACGCCGCGGGGGCCGUGGCGUUCUCUGCGCAGGCCCGCCGGUCGGGGCCGUGCAGCAGCGACUCGGACCUGUGGCGCCUUGCGGCGCCCGGGCGAGGCGGGGAGCGCGGCCGCAGGCUGCUGCAGCACGGCUUCGCGUGGGCCCGCGGCGUGCACGAGGCGGCGGCCCUGGCGGUGCACGGCCUCGGCCUCUGGGACUUCGUGGCCCUGCACGCGCGCGACGUGGGCGGCGCGCGCGUGCCCGCCGACGUCACGCUGGCGCGGUGGGUCGGGUACCUGCAGCCCGGCUCCACGCUGUACGUUGCGGGCGAGGCUGCGGGGACCUUCGCAGGCAAGGGUGGCCCGCUCAACGUGACCGUCGUCACGUGGGAGGACCUGAAGCUUGACGUGUCCUCGGCGGCAAGGGAGCCGGUGGAGGAGCUCAUCUGUGCUUAUGCGCGCGUGUUCGUGGGCGCCAGCCAGCCGGCGGGAUUCACGGGGCGUGUGCGUCGCCUGCGGAAGGAGAGGCGGGCGCCUACGACGGUGGCGCUGCACCACCAGGAUGUGGAGGGGCAGCCCUGGGACAGCCUCGAGCCGAACAGGGUGGCGGCGGAGCUGUCGAUCUGGCGGCAGGCUGGCGGGAGCGAGAGCGGGGAGGUCGAGGCCACGGAGUUGCUGGAACUGCGGCGCGCGCAGUUGGGAGACGGGAGCACCGUGGAGGUGGACGAGGACUGUCG